CACAGGGACGGCCAGCUCCACACCGAUCCGCUUUCAGACACACACUCAACAUGACACUUCAGGAGGAGCUGCGGAGUCGUCAGUUCUGGCGGGCCAUAGCCGCUGAGGUGCUGGGCACGUUGGUAUUUGUGUCGGCAGUGCUUGGUUCCUCUAUGCCAGGGCCAGAGGGCAAUGAUGGGGGCCCUCUGUACCCUGCACUGGCGGCGGGAAUGGUGGCGGUAGGCCUGGGACACUGCUUUGGGGAGAUCAGUGGAGCCCAGGUAAACCCUGCGGUCACUCUGGCCUUCCUGGCCACCAGGCGCCUGGAGGCUCUGAGAGCGCUGGUGUAUGUAGCGGCCCAAUGCCUGGGCGCCACUCUGGGCACGGGGAUCCUCUACCUGGCCUUGCCACAGAAGUCCACCGCAGAGUCCUUUGCCAACAAGGUUCCCAUGGAGGUGAACGCAGGCCAGGCGCUGGGGAUGGAGAUGCUGGCCACCUUCCAGCUGGUCUUCACCAUCUUCUCCGUGGAGGACCAGCGGCGGCGGGAGGGGGCAGAGCCAGGGAACCUGGCCAUCGGCUUCUCACUGAGCGCAGGGAUCUUUACAGCAGGUCGCCUCUCAGGGGGCAGCAUGAAUCCUGCCAGGACUCUGGGCCCCGCCAUCAUCACUGGGGUCUGGGAGUACCAUUGGGUGUACUGGAUUGGGCCGGUGUUAGGCGCGAUCCUGGCUGGCGUGUCCCACGAGUUCUUCUUUGCUCCCAGCGCAUCCAGACAGAAGCUGGUGGCGUGUCUGACCUGCAAGGACAUCGAGAUGGUGGAGACCGCCAGCGUCUCCCGCUCCUCCCUCUCGACUGUCACGCAGACGGCCAUGAGGGCUAAGCAGGCCCACAAGUCUGAGCACACCUGAGCUGACUGCCUCAGCAAGAGAGAGAGAGAGAGAGAGAGAGAGAGAGAGAGAGAGAGAGAGAGAGAGAGAGAGAGAAUGAGUGAGAGAGAGGAGAGAGAUCUGUAUGUAUGCAUGAAUGAUGUGUCUCUCUUGUAACAUAUCUGUGUAUGCAUAUAUUGCACAGUGUUUCAGUAUGUCUGCAAACUCUUUUAACAAUUCAGUAUUCUAUUGUGUAAAAUAUGGGCAAACGAUGUGAUAAUAACAUUUGGAUAAACAAAUUCUAAAAAUAAAAUAAGUUGAAUAGAAAAUACAUAAUGAAUUUCCAAAGAGAGUCAUGUGAAGAGAAAGUGUUAAAAACAAAUGUGCUACUCCUUAUCUUCAGAUGAAUUAUGACAAAAAGACUGCAGUGACCUAAUGGAGAGCUAAUUAGCAUAGUAACUGAUUUAGCUAAUUAACGAUCAGUUGCCUUAAUCAGUUUCAUUAAUAUGGGUCAUGGAAAUGCUUCACCUUUAUUUUUAUAUAAUAUUCAUGUUAUGCCAUGAAUGUGUAUUCGUUUUAUUGGACACAUUGACAGUGUUGUUUUUCCUGUUGUUUAUUACUCCAAAACAAAUGACUUUUGCACAACUGAUUUAUCAAUAAAGAUUUGGUAUGAUUUGGUCCUUGCUAAAUAUAAAUAAACUUACCUUACCUUACCUUACCUUACCUUUCUAAACCCAUUUUGGAUUCUGUCUAGCUGUCUAAUGAUAUUUGAAAAAAAACGUCUUAUGUGUCCUGUGUCUGAAAUAUUUUUUUGUAGCAGUGAUCAUGAUCAGGCUUAUUUAUGCUUUAUCUAGCGCUAUUGUUGUCAUGUCAUUUUCACAUAAUUACACCUGUCUUGUGUGUCACCUUUUUGUUUGGAAAAUUGUCACUACACAUAUGGCUCCACUGCAUAUUUGAACACUAAAUUUAAAAUACAAAGUUAUUGUUAUUAUUCUGUGAAUUCUAUUUGGUUCUAUUUUUUCAUUUUUUAUUUAGGCCAUAGGACAUUACUGUCAGUAUGAUGAUAAUGCAUUAUAAACUGUCAAUUUGGAUGUUAUUGUCAUUUUUAUUGAUGUCAUUGUAAGUCGCUUUGGACAAAAACGCCUGCUAAGAACGAUAAACAUAAACAU